UAGGAGGGAGAAAGGAAUCUGAAAGGCGGGAUCUCAGAAGGGGCGAGCCUGAAGUGUAGGAUGAGUUCAGUGUGGAGAGCGAAGGCUGUUCUGAUGGUGGUGGCCAUGGCUGCAGGCUGCAGCCAUUGGAGGAGUCAGUGGCCAACAGCAGUUGCAGGACUGUAUGACGCAGAUGCUGCCCAGUCUUUCAGGCUGCAUAGAAGCCGUUCAGGACCCCACAAAGAAGCCGUCGUCCGAUUGCUGCAAGGGCGUCAGCUAUGUCGUGAAGAAGCAGAUGAAGUGCUUGUGCGCCAUCUACAACUCGCCCUCCACCGUCAGUUCCUUCAACAUAACCCGGCUUUUAGAGAUCCCCACCCUCUGCGAAGUCCCCGUUGACGCCUCCCUCUGCAAAACCAGUUCGCCCACAGCAUCGUCUUCUCCUCUUACUUCAUCGUCCAGCUUGCCGGCCCCAACUUCAGCGCCCCCAUCAAAUUUAAGCCCUACACCGUCAAAUGGCAAAAUCCUCUAGUCCACCAAAUGGUGCAUACAACAUUACUAUAUCGGGCUAAUGUUCUCUCUCCAGUGCUUCUCGCCAGCAGGUUGUGAGAACGUGGCUCAUCCUUCGGGUCUUUGAGCUCAUCUCAGGUCUUUCUAUCAAUUUCGCCAAGUGUCACCUCUCCUUCAUUCACGCGGAUCCGGCCACGGUACUUCUCGCGGAAGCUUGCUUUGGGUGUAAGGCUACUUGUCUGCCCAUGGACU